CAGUGUCUGGUUGCGGUCUACAGGAUCUGUGCAACCAUAGAUGUUUGCCGGAACCGUGCCCCGUGGGCAGUAUUGCUUACUGGUUCCGUAGUCUGGCAUCACGAAAACUGCUUUGCCUGCUACGACUUGUACAACAGGUUACUUGUUCGGUUGAAUGACAAUGAACAGUGUUGGUGAAGAAUGCAGUGAACUGAAACAUUCUUAUGACAAAUGUUUCAACAAAUGGUUUGCGGAAAAGUUUUUGAAAGGAAUAAGCAAUGAAGAUGACUGCAAAAGUAUAUUUACAGCAUACCAGAGCUGUGUAAAGAAAGUGCUGAAGUCUCAGAACAUCAACAUAGCAGAAGUUGAAAAGGAUGUGCUGGGAACAAGUGAAGAAAAUCAUCCUCCAACCUGAUGUCUUCCGAUAGUAUAGUGCUCAUUUUGCACAACUUGUAAAUUGUUAAAUUAGUUUAUUUCAUUACGAGUUUGUUUUAUUACUUUUUUUUUUACAUUGUUGCUUGCUGUAAUUACCAUAACAAUUGUAUAAAUUGAUGUUUGUUCCUUUGUACAGCUAGUAUUCGUAAGGAUUAGUAUUACAGUAUUAAACUUGGUGCUCCAAACAA